AUGUGCGACUGGGAAGAGUUCUUGUUCACCUGUAAUCACUCGCAAAUACGGCUCAAGUCCUACUGUCACUUCGCGCGAAACGAUCCCAACCACGGGUGUCUGGGCGUCAAGGUGCUCCGCAACUCAUGGAGACAAAGCGUACCGUGCGACGAG